AUGGAUGACUCUGUAGAGAACGAGGCUGAAGCCUCUAGCCUCAAACGCCAAAGAACUGCGUCCCCUGAAGUUGAAGGUCGUUCUGAGCGUCAUGAGGCUCUUAAGGCGGCGUUCAAGGCACGCGAUACAAAGGGCCCCUCAAAGGCAGCGCGACCAAUAGCGCACGACAAGGAAAACCGAGCGAAGUACCUCGACACUAUGGCUGAGGAGUCGGAAGAAGAAGAUGUCGCCGUUUCUAGUGGUAAGGAUACCGAAUCCGAAGAGGAUGAUGAGGCGGAGUUGGGAUCAGAGAUUCCGGACGAGAUGAAGGGUUUCAUCGUGGAUAAAGUAGACGAGGAUGAAGUUUCAGUGGAGUCCGAUGCAUCUGAUGUGGAGUAUGAACCCAAUAUACUGGAUGACGAUGAUUUAGCUCUUAUCGCUGAAAACACAGGAGCUAAGUACGACCAGGAGGACGAUGACGACAAUCGCCAUCAACUUCGCCGCUUGAAGAAAGGUUCGGCAUCCACGAAACACCAGGAUGACUUUGACAACUGGUUGGAUGACGAAGAUCUGGACCAAGGGGAUCUUGACCUUUCCGAUAUCUGGGCCACUGUGGCUGAAUGUUUCGGUGACGUGGAUCUGGUGGUCCAAAUAUUGAAGAACGAGCGCGUCGUACAACCACGAGAUGACGAAGCUGGGUCUGAAUAUGAUUCGGAUUCUCAGGAACCGUCAGCACCAGAGGUUACUCUGGAGAGUCUCGCUGACCCUGACGAGCUAGCAAAAGAGUACAUGACUAAGCAGGAUGAGGACAUCCGUGAUGCGGACGAACCCGAGCGGCUCUAUAUACGGUAUAGAAAUCGUCCCCGACGCACAGAAGCACGUGAUAUCCGUGAAGAGGCACAUUGGAUUACACGUCGUCUGCUCGGAGAGUUCCCUGAUGACCUGUCUGUCGAGCGUGUUCGCGGUAUGUACGAGUCAGCAUUCCGCGGUACGUUCCCUGUGCCACAGGUAUCUCCUGCGGAUGAUGCACGGGAAAAGUGUGAGAUGGUUUUGACCUGGCUUUUGAAUGACCGUUGGGAGGUACCAUUCAUUUUGCAUCACAAGCGACACCUUAUAUGCCCACCUUUGAAUGAUGAUAUGGUUUGGCGCAUAUACCACCUUGAUGCGGAGUGGAUCAAGUUGAAGAACGCAGCUGAUCGUAUAAAGGAAACAAUUGACCACAUAGGUUCAGAGUUCUUGCCCAACGAAGUCUUGUACUAUGCGUUAAACUUCAACACCAUAGACGACCUGCAUGAUGUCAAUCUGCAUCUGAGGUAUCAUCAUCGUAAGGCAUUAUAUGAGGAUACUGCAGCCGAUGAAGCUGCAUUGGAAUCGCAGAAGGCGUUGCCGGCUCCCACUGAAGCACCUGAAGGUGAUUUGGAGGCGGAUGAAAACGGUGACACAGAAGAUGAAGACGACGUUUUCGGCGAUUUUACGUUCGGCAACAGCACGGUGCAGAAGGUGGUAGAUCCUCAACAUUUCAGAUCGCCCGACUCAUCUCUGCUUUCGCCGUCCUCACCUUUGGGAUCUCCUGUAGAGACGUUGGAGGUCGAUUCCGAAAAGGUCGGUGUCACACCUGGUCUACAAACUAAUCCGGAAAGCGUUUUCGAUCCUUCCUAUGAAGCUCCCUCAGGUUACAUUGAUCCGUGGAUUGACGACACUGAGGAGGUGUCUGACCGAUCAAUCAAUGGUGAUAUUGACGUAGACGUUACCGUCGCUACAGACACCGCUGAAGAGAGUACCGCUGUCGGUGAUAUGGAAAGUUCACAUGUUGACGAGAGCACCUCAUAUCAUACCGUAAACGGUUUAGCUGGGUAUGAGGCCGAGGCAACCCAUCUGAAUGAGGAUGCGGAUCCCGCUACCGCUGCGGCUUAUGACGAUGAGGAUGAUAUAGACAUGGAAGUUGAAGAAAACCAACGAACAGACCACGUUGCUGUACCUGCGAAUGAUUUGUUGGAAAUGGACGAAUCAGAUCUCAAGGACGAUUUCGAUGGAGAAGAGGAUACAGGUGACCAUCGCAUUAACGAGAUUUCUGCUAAUAUGCGUUCCCUCGAGGUGAAACCUCAAAAGCAGAGUCCCGGUACAAAGAAACGUAACGUUGAUAUGCAUCUCAUAGAUUCGAUUGAAAAAGGCGGUUUCCACGAGUUGUGGCGUGGAUACAUAGCCGAUGCGCAACAGUUUGCUUCGGUGAUUGAGAAGUCGGUGAUUCCUGGUUCUAGUGAGCUUCGCAUCCAAAUGGACCAAGUACGUGCCCAGUGGAAAGAGUUGGGUGCGGUGGGUAUGUUGGAUGCCCCUUCUAUAAUUGAAGGUAGCGAGGAACAGCAGGUGGAGGACAUGUGCGCUCAGUACUGCAAGCCUCCGUAUAAUGGCGGUAAGCGGCUGUAUGCGGCCUUGGUGACUUACCACACGAAGAUGCUGGCCAACAACAUCACUAUACGUCGUCUGAUUCGUGAAUAUUAUCGCAAUUACUGUUGUGUCACGUGCACUACCACCCCAAAGGGAGAGGCGGAGGUAGACGUUGCCGAUCCCACAUGGUUAGCUCGCCGUCUUUAUCGCCUACCUCUACAAGAGUUUUCUAUUUACCGUCAGGUACACUAUCCCUAUCCAAAGUCUGCGUCAACUCGUGAGGAGCGUUACCGCAUUUUGGAAUCACAUCGCCACGAGACGGUUUUACCAGAAAUGUACCUUCGUAUAAUGCAAUUGGAGAAGGAGGGUAUUAUCCAAUGUACAAUACACCCUAUUUGCGCGACCGAGGUACCCACUUGGAGGUCUGAUGACUUUUCCGAUCGUUUUGCUGAAUGGUACGAGCGUUACAAGGUGGUAAGUUACAGCGGCAAUCCUUUGGUAAACGAGAACUAUCGUGCUCGUAUGGGUGAGCAGAAGUCUAUUUUAGAGAAGGAAGAUAUGCUUUUGAAGGAUUCGGAAGAGCGUGACAAACAGUGGCGCCGUAACUUGGUGGACCAGCUUUCGUUGGCAUAUUGCCCGUCUAACGUCCAUACAUAUAGCAUCUGGCGGCACAUACAGAAAGAUAUAUUGAGCCGUUUGAUAAACGUGGAGCUGAUUCCUAAAUUCCGUAUGGAGGUUCGUGAGGAGUUGUGGCGUAACGCACAGAUGUGGGUUCUGCUGCACAGCCAGCGUAUGCUACAGUACAAGAUCGACGUUGCACCUGGUUCUAAAGAGACAUUGCUGGCACUUGCUGUGGAACGAGACACUCAGUAUGUCUAUGCGACAGUGAUUAAUGACUGCGGCGACCUGAAGGAGUACAAGCGUCUUGACCAUCUUGUUGCUAACACGUUUACUUCUCGCAACUCUGUCGCUUCGAAUCCUCAUUUCAAAGAGGUCAUGCACGACAUUGAUGUGCUGUGCGACAUGAUAGGUUUAUUCCGUAUAACUGUGGUUCUGAUAGCGAUGUCCAACAUCCACAGUGUUUUGCUACACCACCGUUUGACGUCGUAUCUGCUCCCUCACAUCAACAAGACGUUGACGUUGAAGAAGAUUGACGUUGAGGUGCCUCGGUUACGCUUAAGUAUGAUGGAUAAGGGCACAAUUAUUGACUUAUGUGUCUCAAUGGCCCGUUGGUACAUCGACCCUGUAUCUGAGACUUUGAACCUCUGGAACCCGAAUGGUUCCAACCUACUUCUGAAGUUGAACCUCCACCCGCUCCAGCACUUGGUUAGCCAGGAAAAGCUUCAAGAGUAUUUGGAAGCAACCUUGGUACAGGUGGUGUGCGAAUUUGGUGUCGACGUAAACCGCAUGAAAAACGCAAAACACCUUGAGUCUACGCUCCAGUUUGUUGCUGGCCUUGGUCCACGCAAGGCUAUGGAUGUGAUACGUUCUUUGAAGGUUGCAGCUAUAGGUACUCGUAGUCAAUUGCGUAUGGGUCAGGGUACUUUACGUGGUUUGGGUGAUGUUGUUUUUUACAACUGUGCUUCUUUUAUAAAGAUAAGUUCUAAUGAGGCUAUGGACAUUUUGGACACCACUCGUCUGCAUCCUAUAGAGUGCUAUUACACUGCUGAGAAGCUGUGUACAGACUCUUUGGAUGACGACCUGAACGGUGAGGAGGCUAUUCAGGAGAUCUUCACCAACCCUCAUAGGCUGGACGACCUUGACCUUGAGGCUUACAGUAGUUUAUUAAUGGAGAAGCGUAACAUGCCACGUAUGCUUCCUUACCUUUUGUUUGUGAAACGCGAGCUGCAGUCACCAUUCCAUGACUACCGUGCAACCCUGCAAGAGUUGCGUGAGGAUCAGGAGUUUUGCCUUGCAUUACAGAUUGACCCCGUGUUGCUUCGUCGCGGCUCACAUGUGAUGUGUCGUCUUGAUGAGGUUUACGAGCAUACAUUGCGUGCUUGUGUUCUUCCUUUUGAGUUGAAAGCGCAUGUUGUUGACUACAAGAGUUUCCGCGACGACGUCUACCGUGUAUCUAAGGAGCAGAAUCGUACAGUUCAACUGCGCGGUACGUGUAUCAGUGCUCGCGUUUCGAAUGUAGAUUACAAACCUAGUUUUGACAAUGGGUUGUGUACUUUCCGUGUUGAGGUAGUGCUCACGGGUCAGCAGCGUCGUUAUCUUUUAUUGGACAUAUUUGAGGAUCUGAAGCGUGUCGUCGGCAUCCGUGAGGAUUGUCUGUCUCCUUUGGUUCAUUUUGAUGUAAACUACUCCAAGAAGCCUAUGCUUAACGAGUACUCUGAGAAGCAUAAGAUUCACUACCGUCGUGUUAUUCGUCACCCUAGUUAUCGCAUGUGGCCUUUGAAUAAGAUCGUAGCGUUUUUGAAGCAGCCUGAGAUUUGUAUUGGUGAAUGUUGUAUAUGUCCUAUGAGUGAGUGGGAUCGUUUGAACUUGGUGAUAAAGACGUGUGCUGACCCCUUCAACUGUGCCACGUUUGUUAUCCACGAGCGCAAUCAGCGUGUUCCUGGUGAGCUUGGUAAGGAGCUUAUAUUGCUUAACCAGAAGUAUAACUCGAUUGACCAGAUCAUAGCGCAAUUUUGCGAAACUCUGAAACUCAACCUUGAGGAGAUUUAUAUGCAUCCUAAGUUUAAGCACUCUACGGAUGUUUCUAAGGCGGAGCGUGAUCUUAUUCAGGAAAGUGCUAUGCGUCCUGAUGGUAUUGCAUGGGCUAUUUUGCCGCCUAACGCUAUGCAGCAGAAGGGUUCACAAGUACGGUACAAUCCUCUUCGGUUCACGUUGUUAGUGUUACCUCCUGGCAUGGAACUUUCGCAUAAUGCUCGGAGCUUACAGGAUUCGAUUUAUGUGGAUCACCGCAGCUUUAAGCUCUGGACUCACCAUGAGAAGUCUCUGGCUGCUUUGAUCAAAUGGUGGAAGCAGGUAGGGUACUGGAGUCGUAAUCGUCAACGUGAGCUUUACAACCAAGAGAAGGUGUCUCUGAUGCGUCAAAAUCAAGCGGACGCAAUGCGUCAAUAA